AGCGACCCUAGUCUCCGCCGCUAUUAUUACCCUACCACCGCUCGUUUACAAAUCGAUCGGCACUUGCGCAGCGGUGGCCGCAGCACCACAGCGCCACACCAGCUCCUGAUUCUCCCUCGCAGCUCCGAGAGAGAUCGAGUGUGGCCAUGGAGCCGUCGUCGCGGCGGCUUCUGCUCUCGGACUACGACGGCGCGAUCCUCUCGCCGCUGCCUUCCCCCUCCCCGUCCUCAGCCACGCCGUUCCGCCCCGGCGUGGCGGUGGUGGUGGGCAUCCUCACCAGCGUCUUCUCCAUCACCUUCCUCCUCCUGCUCUACGCCAAGCACUGCAAGCGCAGCGCCGCCGAGUCCUCCGGCCCCUACGGCGGCAGCGGCGGCGCGGGGUCUUCUAAUGCAGGAGGCGCGGGGGAGCGGAGGAACUCAGGCGUGGAGCGCGCCGUGGUGGAGUCGCUCCCGGUGUUCCGCUUCGGCGCGCUGCGCGGGCAGAAGGCCGGGCUCGAGUGCGCCGUCUGCCUCGGCCGCUUCGAGCCCGCCGAGGCGCUCCGCCUGCUCCCCAAGUGCCGCCACGGGUUCCACGUCGAGUGCGUCGAUACCUGGCUCGACGCGCACGGCACCUGCCCGCUCUGCCGCGCCCGCGUCGACCCCGAGGACGUGCUGCUCCUCCCCGAGCCGCCCAAGCCCUCCACCACGGGUCCUCCAGACCCAUCCCCGGACCAGAAGGCGCUCGCUGCCGCUGCGACGACCAAGGACAAGGACGCGGCUCCGGCGCCCGCACCGUCCCCGGUCUGGAAGGUGUUCUCCGGCCGGCACUCGACUGGCUCGGUCCGCGCGCCGGGGCGGGUGGGCCCGACGACACGCCGCUCGGCCGAUCUGGAGGCGGGAGCUGCUGCGGCCACAGUGGGCUGCUUCGAGGUCGUCGGCGCGGCAAAGGUGCGCAAGGACCGGGUGCUGAUGGCGGCGGAACCCGCGGCCGCGGCGGCGGAGCCCGACCCGGAGGCCUUCGAGCGCCGGUUCGGGCACCGCAUCCUGGUGAGCACCGCCAGCGGCUGCGACGGCGAGGCGGCGCGGUGGAGCGAGGUGCGCCCGUCCGACCUCAUGUUCGUGCGCUCCGAGAUGCUCGUCACGGACUCCUCAUCCGGGCGCUACUCCUGCUCGGCGGCCGUCACCUCCGGCGGGAAUCGCGGAAGGGCCGAGAUCGCCGGCCGCAGCCUGUCGGAGAUCGCGGGCGUGAGCCGCCUCCCGCCGAUCCGCGCCGGCGGCGCAAGCGGGGCGCGUCGGUGGCCGGGGUCGAGCUGGUGGGCCCGCGGCUCGCCCGGCGUUAACGGCCCUAGCACCUAGGCCGCUGCUGCGCCGGGGCCCUCCCCCGAAUUUUUCCCUGGCGGGCGAGACUGCCCCUCGCCUCACAUGGCCGAGUUAUUAUUACGGAGCACAGUAAAGCGGCGGCAGGCACUCGAGCUCGUGGGCACGUGAUGGGCAGGGCAGUAAUUAUCGCCGUCGUCGUCUCCUCCAUCCAUCGCUAGCCCAUGCCGUCGCCGCCUCGGGAGCCGCGCGCGACGGGAGGGAAGGGUAUGUUGCUUUGGCGCGCAUCUCGAGGCGCGCUGUCCGCUCCGUGAAACGGGCGGCCGCGAUUGGUAGCGCCCCGCCGCACAUGCCGCCGCGGAGCCCGAGCACGCCUCGGCGGAUCUUCUGCGCAGAACGGCUCGCCGGUCGUGUGCGCUCGCGGCUUCUGCACAUACACUGCUUCGUGUGCGCUCGCGGCUCAGUUGUGCACAGGAUUGGGUUUCGUCGGCAUGCCGGGUCGGGGAUUAGGGAACCGUGGAGAAAAGGUGCACGUAGGCGUGUGUAAUUCUUUUGUCUGUACGAGAGAAAGUGCUGCGUGCCCUAUUUUCUUGUAUAUUCCCACCCCGGAUCUAUGGUGUUGUGCUAAAGCGGCGUGCAGCCCAUCUCGCCGCAUCUUGUUUU